GUAAGAAUAACUGUACUUGGUACCAGUAAACGUGAAAAAUACAGCAAGACAUGAAACUUUAGAAUCAGGUUGUGAUGGAAGUAAGUUUUGGACAGGUCCCGCUCACCGUUGCGCACGGGUACGGCGGGGUGAACCAGCUCGGUGGUGUAUUCAUCAAUGGGCGGCCGUUACCGGCCGUGGUCCGGCAGCGCAUCGUGGAGCUGCGGCAGCAGGGCGAGCGUCCCUGCCAGAUCUCCCGCCGCCUGCGCGUCAGCCACGGCUGCGUCAGCAAAAUACUCAGCAGGUACAGUGAGACUGGAAGCAUCAGACCAGGAUUGAUGGGGGGUUCAAAGCCCAAAGUGGCAACUCCCACAGUUGUGCAAAGGAUCCUGCAACUGAAACACAACACCCCCACCAUGUUUGCCUGGGAGAUUCGAGACCGGCUGGUUCUGGAGCAAGUGUGCGACCACAAUAGCGCACCCAGCAUCAGCUCCAUCAACCGGAUCAUCAGGAACAAAGUCCAGACUGAGUCCUGUGAAGUUGCAGCAUCUGUUGCCAUGGGAACAGACUGUUCCUCAGAGUCCAGUUUUUCCAUCAGUGGGAUUCUAGGAAUGAGAAAAUACAGCAGCAAAUACAAGGAAGGAUUGGACAUCUCCUGCAGUGAGCGCCACCAGCAGUUUUCCCGUUGUGACACCUGGGGUCAGUCUGUACCCUGUCUAACACCUAUCUCCAGUCUGACCUGUCACCCCAGCUCUUCAACUAAUCAUAGCUUAAACCCGUAA